AUGUGGGAGGAUGGAUCCAUGUCCCAUGGAGAGAAGCUACUGCCCCGCCUGGCACGUGCUUGGGAGGCAAACAUCGCUGAAGUUUUCUGGCAGACCCACCAUGCAGGGGACAGUUGGGACGACCAGCGCUCCUCCAAUCACCAGAGUGACCGGUGCAUCACAGACCAGUCCAGUUCUGAGGAGAUGGAGCCCAGUCCUCCGUCCCCCCCUCCCCCUCCCAGAGUCUACAAACCGUGUUUUGUCUGCAGUGACAAGUCGUCUGGCUACCACUACGGAGUCGCCUCGUGCGAGGGGUGUAAGGGUUUCUUUAGGCGGAGUAUUCAGAAAAACAUGCAGUACGUCUGUCACCGGGAUAAGAACUGUGUUAUAAACAAAGUCACACGCAACAGAUGCCAGUUCUGCAGGUUGAAAAAAUGCUUUGACGUUGGCAUGUCCAAAGAAUCUGUAAGAAACGACAGAAAUAAGAAGCGGAAAGACAAGACACAGUCGCUGGAGAAGCACACGCUAUCGUACACCUGGACCCCGGAGAUCCAGACCAUCAUAACCACAGUCAGAGAGGCUCACAUGGCCACCCUACCAGACAUGGGCAAACUACCCAAAUAUAAAGUUAAAAAUGCAGCAGAACAGAGAGGCCCUACAGAUAUUGAGCUAUGGCAGCACUUCAGUGACCUGUGCACAGAAACCAUCAUCAAAAUAGUCCAGUUUGCCAAAAAGGUUCCCGGCUUCACUACGUUUGGAACGGCCGACCAAAUCACGCUCCUAAAAGCUGCAUGCCUGGACAUACUGAUCUUGAGGUUAGCCACGAGACUGGACAAGGAGUCGGACACUGUGACCUUCAUCAAUGGAAUGAUGUUGUCAAGGACACAGAUGCACAACGCCGGCUUCGGGCCGCUCACAGACGGUGUCUUUACCUUCGCAGAGGGAAUGCAGAAACUACUUUUCGACGAGACAGAAAUCGGCUUAAUGUGUUCAAUAUGUUUGGUGUGUGGAGACCGGCAGGGUUUGGAGGACAUCCAGAGGGCGGAGAACCUGCAGGAGCCGCUGCUGGAGGCGCUGAAGGCCUACUCCAGGAGGAGGAUACCCGACGACCCACAACGCUUCCCCAAGAUGAUCAUGAAGAUCACAGACCUCAGGAGUAUCAGUUCUAAAGGUGCGGAGAGAGUUAUAACACUGAAGAUGGAGCUGUCCAGCCCGAUGCCACCACUCAUAGCAGAGAUCUGGGAGAAGCAAAACGAAGCUCUCAGCUAGACCAGCUUCAACCACCACCAACUGGUUUCAACCAGACAGAACUGCAUUCAGCAUACUGGUCACAGCUAGCUACAGUCGUGUUGAAUCUCUCUGCUUGUUGAAGCAAGUUGGCUUUUAGUGAAAUCUAUUGACAGAACUGUAGAGAUAGUCCAACUACUAGGAUAUCCUUUCCACAUUCUGUGUUUCUGCCCAGAAUAUUUAUAUAUGGUUAAAGCAAGAACAUGGUCGCUAAAGCACUGUGCAGAUCCAAUAGCAAAUUGGUGAAAGUUUGGACGUGUGACUUGUAUGACUAUAGAAACCCUCUUUCGUGCUGCUUGUGUCCCAUGCUUAACGACCCUGUUACUUCGUUAGGGCGUGUCCUCAUUAAGAUAUUUGAAAAUUGUGGUUUUGAGUGACGAUACAAAGUUUCCCGCCUUUUUCAACCCUCGCCAUAGCAGAACCUCAAAACUGUCGCAAAAAUCCACCACAAAAAGUGAUGAAUGAAAUCUGCCUUUGCAAUUGCUAAAACUUCUUUCAGUGUGUUUCUUGUGCUGUCAUGCUGCCCUAUGUACCAUUUUAUCUGUACAAAUUUGUUAAUAUUGGAGAUAUCUUUUCUAAUGUUGCAAAGGAAGGUAUAAAACUUAUUAGGUCUUUUUUCUCCUUUUUUAUGCCCUGAAACAAAGCAAAAACUUUUCCAAUGUCAUUUUUUCAAAUAUCACUCAGAAAGACCCAUACUCUACACUUGUAAUAGUAAUAGUAUAGUAAUCGCCUUCUUUUUUUUUACAUUUGCCUUAUGUCAAAUGCAAGUGUUUGACAAAAGAUAAGUAGUGUAAUUGUCACUUGGCUUGGGAAUAAUGUCAUGAAAUUGUGUCCUAUCAUAGCUUUCUGUUUGCUUGAUUUUAGAGCUACUGCUGUCUACUUCAGUUUUAAAAGAAUUGAUUUAUGUAAAUACAUAUUUUUUUCUUGACAUGUUGAGUUUGAGCCACCUCCAUAGCUAGAUUAAAAACUUUUACGUCACUCCUUUUACAUGGUGAAAUUCACUCUGAAAGGACCAUUUAAACUUGUUUUGAACAAGAACCUGUAUACAUACAAUGUACACCAAAGUCUUUUUCAACUUAGCUAUGUGAACACUUUCUAUACAUGAUUUGUAUAUACUAGAUAUGUUGUUGCUUAUGUUACAAUAGGCCACAGACUUGCAUAUUUUUUUUAAAGAUAUCCAUUUAAUGAGUUUAUGAGUGCCUUUGGUUAAGGAGGCUUACUGUAAAAUGUUUAUAUUUGGCGAUGCUAAUUUUCCCAACAUAGAGGAAUAUUUAUACAGUUGGAAUAGAUUUCAGUGAUUUUGAAAAAGAAAUUGCCAAUUUUGCAAAAGAAGAUGCCAAAUGUCAACAUUUUACAGUAUUUAGGCUCCCUAUUGUAUGCAGUGCUUUGUAUCACAAAACGUCUUUAUUCCCCUUUUCAGAAAUGCUUUUUAGAAUAUGAUAUAGAAAUAUAUGCAUGAGUCAUAUCUUUAGAUAGAAUAUGACACCCAUAUUUUGACAUAGCAAACAGAUACAUAAAUUGGGGGCGUACUUUAUUUCAUGAAUUGUUGUAUUUCAAACCUGACUUUGUAUGAAGAUAGCACAUCUUUUGAUGGACUUUUAUUGUAGAUAUAUACAACAACUUCCUUCACAUUGUAUAACUUAUAAGGAAAUAUCUUGUCAUAUGAAACAAAAAGUAGAUUAUACACCAUCUUUUAAGGGUACAUCAUUUUGGUUUCUCCAGUUCCAGAAAUUUAUCAUUUUUAUUUCUACCCACUUCUUUAAAGAACACUGGUUAGCCCUUCUUUAUGGUAUAUCUCUGAAGCAACAGUACUGACAGGACGUUAUGCUUCAGUGUAUGAAUCUGUGACUUUGUUCAUCUGACCAAGAAGGUUUACAUCUUAAACCUCCUUGAUCUGACAGACUGUGUAUCCAUAGUUGCAACCUUAGAAUGAAAGCUGAAGUACAACACAGGUGGUCUCCCACUUCAGUUUACUUGCGGUCUCCUCCAGGUGUUCCAUUACUAACCUCCAUCAGGGUAUAUCAUUCAAUUCUGUAAGGACAAACCUUGUCCUUCAUCUCCAGAAAGGGGUACUUAAAAAUGUAGAAGUAUGCUUUUGUUUUGGAGUAUUAAAUCCACUCAACUCAGGAACCUAUGCCACAGUUGUGGUGCUUGCAAAACGUACAUGCUUACUAAGCUUGAUGCACGGAUUGAAUGAUAGCUCAAAUCCUGUAAUGUUCUUUGAUUCCUUCUGCACCAGUGUCACCAUAGCAACAGGAAUAUUUAUGUUUCCUAGCAACAAGGUCCCUUAGCAACUUCAACUUUGGGCUUCCAUUGUGUUGGGACGAAAUGUUAAGUGUUUUGUUGAACCAGACUAGUUAAUACGUUGGAUAGCAAAUACAUGUACUGUACUCUACUUUUUACCACAUAUAGGCAAUUUUCUUGCAGAUAAAAGUUUAAACACAGUAAUCACUUGAUGUCACCUGAAGCUAUAACAAAGGUGUUGACUGCCAUAGUCCAAGAAAUGGUUACAUUUAAAUGCACUCAUGACAUUUGUGCACUAAAUCAUGUUUAAGAAUUUGAAGGUUUUACUGUUAUUACAUAUCAGCUUCUUUGACAAGUACUUGUUAUUUUGCUAAGUUAACUGGUCUGUUAAAGGAGAAUGAAUUACUAGAUUAUCGGUACUGAUAGUUUUCAAAAGCACAGUAACUCAGGAACAUCUCUAAAAUACAUAGACUAAAAAUGAAAAGAUUCUGAGGCUUUUAACUUUUCCAGAACAGAGAUCUAUCUUCAGCCAAUCAGGACUCCAGAAGACCUGUCAAUCAAGCAGAAUUAACCAAUCGUAGACGAGCAGUUCUGCUGCAAGUGUUGAUGUGUUGGGCCAUUGUGUGUGCAUUGUGUCAUGAUUUUGGAUGCUAGACUGCCCCUAUACACCUUGGCUGGUAGAUAUAUAAUGUUAAACAUGUAUUGUUAGUAUACGUUGCACAGUGGUGUAAAGAUUUUAACCCACUCUCCAAGUAAUUGGAUAUUUCUCACACAAAAAGCACCAUGGAUUUUAACAUAUGUCUGACAAUUUCUCUGGGGCCAACCCCAGAAAACGCCCAUCGUUUUCUCUACACUGCAUCUUAAUUGAUAGAUAGACUGAAGGUUUUGGUCAAAGAACUGUAACACAUGCAUUGAGGAUCAUGAAAGAUUGUCAAAAUUUUCUUUACUUCAAAUCUACACAGAUAUGAUUCUAAUGCUUUGUCCCUUCCCAGUUUUCAAAGGUAACACAGUUAAUUGAUUCUAAAGUAAACAAUCCUACACAGUCCCCAAAUAUGUGUAGCACUUAGAUAGUUACAGCUUACAGUUUACGCUGAUACCAAUUGGAAUGGGCACAAUGACUACGGUACUCUUAAAAUUGUGGAUAACAGUAUAUGAAUGUGUUAGACUACUACUAGGAGGUCCAAGUACUUUACCAGAGAAAUUUCGAUUUAGUCUGUCCCCUUUUUCUAUCCUGCCAUUUAAUUGGACCCUUUUUCUUCUGUGAUACUUAAAUUUACAUAAGAUAGCAAAGCAGAGGCAUUGGGAUAUUAUUGUUAUUAUUAUUGUUAUUAUAUAGGAAAAAAAGUGUACAGUUUUGUAGGACCAUACCACUAUAUGGAGAGGGGAGCUUGUAUUUACAGCAAAAAAAAAAUGUACAUGGUCAUAUAGCAAGCAAGUCUUUUGCUAACAUGCAAUAAAAUUGUAUAUAUGUCAGUUGUG